GUUUGAACUUGCAAUCAGUUUUAUGGCAGUUGACGCAUGGUUGACUGUAUUUUGAUCAAUGUCGAUUUAAAUCAGUGUUAUUUAUUGUUUUAGAAAUGGAUAACACACUCGAUACAAUUCGCCAAUCUUCGGAUGCAACUCUUAAUGAGGAAGUUUCUUAUUUAUAUGGAAGAGAUCCAAGUAUCAUUUCCUAUGGACAACAGCGAUUUAUUACAAAAGAUUCGCAAAAAAAUUUGUAUUCUUUGUAUGAAGAGGAAGAAUCACAUGAUGUCAUUAAUUCCGAAUCAUUAUCGUCUCAAACAGUGAAAGUUUAUCUUCGAAUGAAGCCAUUCCCGAAAAAAAUGAAAUUAUCCAAAGAACAAGAGGAGGCAUAUUCAAUUGUUAAUUCGACAACAUUAAUAACAAAAAUGGCAAAUAUGGAGUGUAAUGCAAGUUGUUUGAAGAGACCAAAAAGUUCCGAUACAAUAUGUAAAAAAUUCACCUUCUCACAAACUUUUGGUCCCGAUACUUCACAAUAUGAUCUCUUCGAGCAAGUUAUUCAAUCGCAGAUGGUCGAUUUUUUAGCUGGACAAAAUGCCACUGUUAUGACUUAUGGAACAACAAAUUCCGGCAAAUCGUUUACACUGCAGGGAACAACAUCAUCACCGGGUAUAAUACCUCGAGCAUUGGAAUUUAUUUUCUCGAACAUUAAUCCAAAAGCUACACCUUGUUAUAAGCCAAUAAAUCAUUCGGAUGUAAUUGCAUUGGAUAAUAAGGCGCGAGGCAUUGAAUUGGAAAGAAAAACAUGUCUAUUGACAUUUGGAUCGGCUGAUAAAAAUUUAUACAUUAAUGCUUAUAAAGAAAUGCAAAGUUUACUCCAAGAGCAAACUGCAAUUCGACAAAGUACAUGUCCACAAGGCUUUUAUUCAGUUUGGAUAUCGUUCGCUGAAAUUUACAAUGAAACAAUUUACGAUCUUCUUUCGAAUGAUAUUCAAGCGCGAAGGCCACCGUUAAAAUUAUCAACCGACAGUCAAGGGAGAUCAUUUAUAAAGGGCCUAAAGACAGUUUGCGUUAAUUCUGGAUCUGAGGCUUAUCAAAUUUUAAUGGCCGGUCAAUAUAAUCUCAAAGUUGCUGCUACAGCUUUAAACGCAAGAAGUUCAAGGUCACAUUGUAUAUUCACUGUCACAUUGUUGAAAUAUUCAAAGGAAAAUUCACCCGAUUCUGUGGAAGUUAGCACUUUUGCAUUCUGUGAUCUUGCCGGUUCGGAGAGAUUGAAAAAGACUCUGAACGAAGGCGAACGCCUAAAGGAGGCACAAAAUAUAAAUACAAGUUUACUCGUUCUUGGUAGAUGUUUAAAAUCAGUUUACGAAACUCAAGGUACAAGGCAAAAGACAAAUCUCGUUGGUCCAUUUCGUGAAUCAAAACUCACGAGACUCUUUCAAAGACCAUUAUCGGGAAAUGAGAAUAUUGCAUUAAUUGUUAAUGUCAAUCCAUCGCCAAAUUUAUACAUCGAAACACAAAAUGUCCUCAAUUUUUCUGCAAUCGCCAAGAAAAUAAUAAUUGAACCAAAAAAAAUUCCACGCAAAAAAUCCAUUUCAAGAUUCUCGAAAAUUGUUUCACAGAGCAUUAAAACUGUCACUGAUUGGGACACGAUGGACUUUGAAAAUACAGACGAAUUAGACAGCGAGAGUGAACCAGAUGUUGACAUGGUACAUCGAGAGGAUUAUGACGAUGCUAUAGAUGAAAUUAAAAAUCUUAAACAAGAAGUUUUGAAUUUAAAGAAUACAAUGGUGGAACGUGAUAUGGCAAUUCGACAAGAAUUAACUGAUACUUAUAGUCAAAUGAUGAAGAAAAUUGAGCACGACUGGAGGAAUCGAGUGAAAGAUGUAGAAGAACAACACGAAGAUCAGUUGGAAUAUUCUUUAAAUCGUUUGGAAACAUACUACAAAGAGAAAAUAAAUAAACUGAAGAGUAGCAGAAAACGGACACGUUUGGAAACUGACGAUUUAGAGGAUGAUGAAGACGAAGAUCAAAAGUAUUACGAUGAAAUUGAAGACGAAAAUACAACACUCAAAUCAAAAAUAGAAACCUUAAAGGAAACAAUUAAAAAUCUACGCGAACUGAAAGAUAAAGAAGUCGUGGAGAAGACAAAAAUUGCCUUUGAAUUGAGUGUAACUAAAGAUGAUUUGAAGAAUGCUCAAUCAUUAUUGGAAUCAGCAAACACUAAUUCGAGUGAAAACGAUAAAAAAUAUAUUCAGGAAAUAAAAACUCAACUUGAUGAAGCACAUGAAAAAAAUAAGCAAUUAAAAGUUUUUCUCAACGAGGCGAAAGAAGAGUUCAUAACAAUAACAACUGACUGUCGUCUUAUGGAGGAAAAAUUGAAAACAAAAGAAGAAAUAUUAGUUGAAUAUGAAGAUAAAAUAAACGAACUGGAACACCAAUUGGAGAUUGUCAACGAUUGUCUAUCGGAGAAAGUGAAAUUCAAUGAAAUAUUAGAGGACAAUAUUGAGACGAAAAAUAGAAUUAUCGCUGAUUUACAAGAUGAUAUUUUGAAUAUGAAAGAAAAGCAGCACGUACGAAAUAAUAUCAUGCACUCCGAAAAGGAAACAAUGACAUGUGAAGAAUUAUCCUCUAUAGAUGAUAAUAAAUCUCAAAAUUCACUCAGUAAUACAAGUUGUCAAACGGAAACGCCAAAUUUAAUUGAUUCCGAAUGUAAUACGAAUUUCUCGGAAAUUAAAACAAAUUCGAGUUUAUCAACAGAGGAGAAAAUUUUACAAACAUCAUUUCUCGAUCAACAGGAUGAUAUUAGUGCCGAAUUUGAAAAAUUAAAGGAAACCUUCGCUCAACUUGAAAUCGAAUCAAUAGCAAACAAAAUGCAUUUAGAGGAGUCUGCAGAAAAGAUUACAAAAUUAGAAAUGGAAAAUAAAAAUCUCGAGGAGGCGAUUAAACAGUCGCUAGAGGAACACGAGGAAACGAUGAAAGAAAUGCAAAAAAUUCUUGACGAGGCCAAAGAGAAAGAUAAUACAAAUUUAAUGUUCUUAGAAGAAUAUAAAGAAACAGUUGCCGAUUUGGAGAAGGAAAAGAAAAGACUCGAGGAAGCGGUUAAACAGUCCCAAGAAGAAGAAGAGGCAGCGAAGAAAGAAAUCCAACGUACUCUUGACAAUGCCAAAGAAAAAGACAACUUUAAAUCUGUGCAGUUUUUAGAGGAAUUCAAAGAAAAAUCUGAGGAAUUAGAGAAAGAGAAUAAGAAACUCGAAAGUAAAUUGGAAGAGAUGACAGAAGACUUGGAAAGGGUAUCGAAAGAAAGAGACACAGAAAUUGCGAGUUUACAGAAUGAAUUAAAACAACUGAUUCGAUCGAAAGAAACUUUAAUGGAAUCUCAUGAUAGAGAAAAUGAAAAGCAAAUCAAAUUAACUCUAAAGGCACUCAGAGCCACUGAAGAUACUCUUACUAAAGAACAAGAAAAAUGCAAAAUCCUUCAGAGAAACAACGAACGACUGGAGCAAGAGGUUCGAGGUCUUGAGGAUACGAUAAAGGAUACAUAUUUAAAAGAGGAAAUGGAACGUGAAAUUGUGUCUUUAAAAGGCAAGAUUGAAACAUUUACUAAUGAAAUUCAACAGAGGCAAAUUGAAUUUGAAAAAUUCGCCGAAAAUCGUGAUGACACUAUCAAACGAUACGAGAAUUUGGUAUCAACAUUACAAUCGGAUGUUGAACGAGAAAAGAAAGAGAAAAGUAGACUUCAAGAUUUAUUUCAGAAGCAUUCUACGCCAACGCCUAGUAAGGAUGAGAUUAAAAAAUUGAAAAAAUCUCUGGAAAUUGCUCAAGAACAAGUACGAGCUUAUGAAGAGGAAAAAUUAAAGGACAGAUCGUGUUCCUCUCAAAGAUCACGAAGAGUAAGACGACGAGAUAAGGAAAAUUGUGAAAAUACAUCGGAUGAUGAAGUAUCAUAUCCUGAACGAAGAAAGCGUUCUCCACGUGGUAUUAAAAUUCCAACACCAAUGGCAGAAAGUUCAAUAAUCGAAGUUUCUAGUACAGAAUCUAAGAGACAAACAAGAAUGCGAACAGUACUUGCUCCUCCAGACCCAUUACCAGUUGUUGAAAAAAAGAGAACAAUAAAUAGAAGGAAAAAAUUGUUCCAACAAGAUGAUGAUGUUGUAGAUUUAGUACCUUGCGAAAAUGCGUCACCGCCGGCUCCAUCUCCACUUACUGCGAGUAGAAAUUUGAGGGCACGAAAGAAAUAAUUUUCCUUCUAUUGUAUAAAUACAGUGUAUAAUUAUUUUAUUUUUAUAAACUUUUAAUUGUAAUAAAUAAUAUUUCUGGUUUAAAUCGUUAAACAAAUUAAGUUAUAAAAAAUCUAUUCAAUUUUCUUAAAUAAAUUCAAUGAAACUUCAAAAAAA